AUGCUGAACGAGGGCGAGGUCGCAGUGGGGUGUUGUCCAUCAGGCUAUCAUUGUGAUCCUGCAAGCCCCUAUUAUUGCUUCACAACUCCAAGACUGGGGGCUCUCAUCACCGGUGUUAGCUACGAUCCCAAUUGUAAUGCCACAACAACAACUUCUACGCUGGGCACGUAUUCUGCUCGACGGUUAUAUCUCAUACAGCCCUACAAUGAGACUGCCCUUCCCCUCGACGAUGAUGCAAGCUCGGGUUUGCCCACGGUGGGCAAAAUUGUUGUCGGGAUAGUUGUUCCCCUCAUAGUCAUACUCGUCUCGCUGGCAGCGUUUUGGCUCAUCAGCCGAAAGAAGCGACACAAAGAAAGCACUCAAGCCCGAGAGAUUCAUGUCAACGCAGACGGCGGCGAUGCAGUCAUAAAAGCUGAGCUAUGUGGAAGCGAAGGAACUGCCCUCGCAGGACCCUACAGCGUUGCAUUUGAGAAACCCGAGUUAGAAAAUACCCCUGCCAACAGUGGUUCCCACGCUAAGGCGUCCGAAAUGGACGUGGACCCGUUAGACAAAGGGUUGUUGGAGUUGAAGGGUAGUAAUAAUGGAGGAGAGAAGCCUCGUUCUACUAUUUUGGAGCUAGCCUCCAGUGCCACACAAGCUAGAGCCGCGCUAUCGAGCGAUCAGCCGAGAGACAGGGUCGGCGAUGAAGCUCUUAGUGGUGGACAGUCACAGGCAAGAGCACGACCUGCGCAAGAGCCAGACGAGGGGACCAUGGAGUUGUGGCAAUGGAGCAACCCUCUACAUACUGGCGAGUCAGAGAAGGCAGUUUCCACUGGAAGCAGCCUGGAGAGGCCGCGACGAAAGGCAGUUGUGGGGCAAGCCGAUGCCGCACAAUCCAAGGUACCGUCCUCGCCAGAUACCAAGGGUCAAAGUCCUGCUUUAUCUUUAGAGCUGACAACGACCUCGCCCCCAGCAACCCAGAGACGGGAGGAGGAGCCGAAGGAUGGCGAGCCAGCUACAGGACCUGAUUCCACCUCUAGGUGA